GUUUGGGCUGUGCACUGGGAACCCCGGGCUUGGGCUGUGCUGAAGCUGGGGGAGCUGGGCCUGAGGGAGACAUCCCUGGCCUGGUGCGCUCCACCUCAGCUGCCACCUCUCACCAUACCAGAGCAUUUGACUGUUGGAUUCUUGAUCUGCGCACCUCGGGCAGGUUUGCCUGCCUUCAGACCUCUGCGUCGGUUUGAAACUGUGUGUAAAUCUGCGCGCGCGUACACACACAUCUCCCAUCAUCCUGUGGGUUCUUUAAUCCCUUGCACUCCACAGAACAGCCAGGGGCCCAAAUUCUACAUACCUACAUACCAGUAUUCUACGUCCUUUUCAAAUUAUUUUCAGUGUUGUCACACAUCUAAUUCACCGUGUUGUAACUGUAUAACCUGUUUUACGAUUAACCAUUAAGCAUGGAUCUUAACAGGUUAAUCCAUUUUAAGGGCUCCCUCAUCAAAGACGGCGCUAACGCCACCUCUCCUCCUUUGUCCUCGCCUCACUGGUUCCUGCCAACUUCUGUCACACCCAGUGGUUCAGUGCAGAGUGCCAUGAAGGAAUGCCAAUGACAAACACUGGUGGACUUCAAACAAACGUGCACCGAUCCUGUGACGCUUUCCCGCCCUCUGCCAGAGUCUUCCCACAUUUCAGGACACUUUUUUAAAAAUGAUAUCAGGAGUCCAGGAAAAAGAUGGAGGACGGAGAACAAAGCAAGAUGAAGAGGAAGUUGGACCAUGGCCCCGAGGUUCGAUCAUUCCCUUCAGGGAAAAAGCCCUGUCCAAGUCCUACUGGUCUGGUCCCGUAUCCCUCCACUCCCACUACAUUUGGGGACUUGCGGGCGGCUAAUGGCCAAGGCCAGCAGAGACGCCGCAUCACGUCCAUCCAGCCCCCUGCUGGCCUGCAAGAGUGGCUCCGCACCUUCCAGAGCUGGAGUGGGCCAGAGAAACUGUUGGCACUGGAUGAGUUGAUAGACAGCUGUGAGCCCACGCAGGUGAAACACAUGAUGCAAGUGAUCGAACCCCAGUUCCAGAGAGACUUCAUUUCACUGCUACCCAAAGAGUUGGCUUUGUACGUGCUGUCCUUUCUGGAGCCCAAGGAUCUUUUGCAGGCAGCUCAGACGUGUCGUUACUGGCGCAUCCUGGCUGAGGACAACCUGCUCUGGAGGGAGAAAUGCCGAGAAGAGGGCAUCGACGAGCCGCUGCACAUUAAGAGAAGGAAGGUGGUGAAGCCCGGCUUCAGUCACAGCCCCUGGAAGAGCGCCUACAUCAGACAGCACAGGAUAGAUACCAACUGGAGGAGAGGAGACCUCAAAUCACCUAAGGUGUUAAAAGGGCACGAUGACCAUGUCAUUACCUGUCUGCAGUUCUGCGGGAACCGCAUCGUCAGUGGCUCGGACGAUAACACGCUGAAGGUCUGGUCUGCUGUCACGGGGAAGUGCCUGCGGACACUGGUUGGCCACACUGGUGGCGUUUGGUCCUCUCAGAUGAGGGACAACAUCAUCAUCAGUGGCUCCACAGACCGAACUCUGAAGGUGUGGAAUGCGGAGACGGGGGAUUGUAUCCACACGCUGUAUGGUCACACCUCAACUGUGCGCUGUAUGCACCUCCACGAGAAGAGGGUGGUGAGCGGGUCACGGGAUGCCACCCUACGUGUGUGGGACAUCGAGACGGGACAGUGUCUGCACGUUCUCAUGGGCCAUGUGGCAGCCGUCCGGUGUGUUCAGUACGACGGACGCAGGGUGGUUAGCGGAGCCUAUGACUUCAUGGUUAAAGUGUGGGACCCUGAGUCCGAGACCUGCCUGCACACCCUACAGGGUCACACCAACAGAGUCUACUCAUUACAGUUUGACGGCAUCCAUGUGGUUAGCGGCUCAUUGGACACUUCGAUCCGUGUGUGGGACGUAGAGACGGGAAACUGCAUCCACACUCUGACAGGACACCAGUCUCUGACCAGCGGCAUGGAGCUCAAGGACAACAUCCUGGUCUCUGGAAACGCUGACUCCACUGUCAAGAUCUGGGACAUCAAGACGGGCCAAUGCCUGCAGACGCUGCAAGGUCCUCAUAAACACCAGAGUGCAGUCACCUGCCUGCAGUUCAAUAAGAACUUUGUGAUCACCAGUUCAGACGAUGGCACAGUGAAGCUCUGGGAUCUGCGCACAGGCGACUUCAUCCGCAACCUGGUGACCCUGGAGAGUGGGGGCAGUGGUGGAGUGGUGUGGCGGAUUCGUGCCUCCAACACCAAACUGGUGUGUGCUGUGGGCAGCCGUAAUGGCACGGAAGAGACCAAGCUGCUGGUGCUGGACUUCGAUGUGGACAUGAAGUGAAGCCCCACGGGGCAGGGGAACUGAGGAGGAAUCGCCGUGCUGUGGAGAUAAGGGUGUGUGUGGGGAGGGGGGGCAGACAGAGGUAGGUCUCUCAAACCUGAACUGGGCCUCCUCACGGAGCUCCGCAACAGGACCCAUUGCUUGCUCGCUCGCUCAGUCGUUCACAUCUCCUCCUCCACGCGUUGUGCCAUGCUCGUGGGUUGCCCCUUGGCAGCCAUCGCCACGGUUUGGGUUCCGAUUCGAACAGGGGUAGGAGCGAGGGGGGUGGGGGGUUGGAGGGACUGCUCUACAGCGAUGCAUUCUGGGAAGGAAGGACACAGCCCAGGAGGAUGCUGGGAGCAAGGAGAAAGGGGUUGGAACGCUUUCCUGGAGUCCCACCUCCUGCAGCCUUGCACAGAGACAUGGUGACUCAAGCCUGACCGUGCACACCCAGAUGGACAGCUUUUGUUUUGUUUUGUUUUGUUUUGUUCUUUUCUCUCCCCCCCCACUCCAUUUCCCUUCCUCCCCUUCUUUUCUGUUUCUGAACGAACAAGUCAACACUGUAUGCAUGACGUGAGGGAAAAACCUGAUUGUCCUCGGACAGACUUGGUGAAUGGUGUAUACAGUUAGUGUUUAAAGGAUAGAGAGAGAGCUUAUACUGCAGGAGUGGUUUAAAUGUGAGGAGUUAUUAAAAAAAAAAUUCAAACAAAAAAAAAAUAAUUAAAUAAAUAAAUAAAAAAAUUUCAAUUGAAAGGAAAAAAAAACAAACAAACCAGGGCCGCCAGUUGUAUCAGCCACGCCUCAGCCUCUCUAGUCCACAGGUCCUGCACCCACUGCUUUCCUCUGGGUUGUGGUCAUCAUUGUUGUUGGUAUCUUUCCACUCACAUUUACUUUGAGUUCAAAACACGGAACUGUGAAUUCAAGUGUCAUUCUUUGUUUUUACACGAGAUUUUGUUUGGAUUUUUUUCCUGCUGCUUCCAGCAGUGAGUCUCAGUAUUAAGCUACAUCACCUUUCUGCUGUUUUCUGGACUCCUCAUAUAGUUUGUUUUGUUCUGGUUUGGUUUCCCCCACCCCCACCCCCCCUUGUUAAUUCUUUCCUUUAAUGCAGAAAGGCGUAUCUGGACCUGCAGUUUCCAGAGAAGGCCCUGCUCUUCUGAUGUGUCAAACCAGGCUGCUCAUAUUGGCUCUCCUCAGUACUGGUGCUUCAUGGGAGAUGGGGAAUUUUUUUUUUUUUUUUUUUUUUUUUUUUUUUUUUUAAACCCAUAUGUCCCAUGGGAUCAACACCCUUUCACACCACCCCACCCACCCCUCAACCACCCCAGUACGAUCCAUCCCAGUGGCCAAAACUGAACUUCAUGCUGCUAGUCACAAACAAUGAUGAGGUGGAACUUUUCACUGGCUGUGACGUUUUAGUCCCAGACUAAAUUCUAAAAAAUAUUUAAAAAAAAGAAAAAAAAAGGAAAAAAAAAGUACAAAGUUAAACAAAAAUGACACAGACAUGCAUACAAACAAAAACAACAUAUGAAAACAACCGACUUUAUGUUCUUUUCUUUUUGCCACUGAAACUUGAGCCAAAUGUGCCUCUAGGAGGCUGAAAAACAGGAGAACGAUGGCGAUGAAACGUUGGAUGACUUUGAAUCUAAUGGCAGGAUGUGUUUGUGAGCAUGGUUUGUGCAAGUGUGUGUGCGAGAGAGAGACAGAGAGCGAGCGCGCGUGUGUUUGAGCAAACUGUUCACACAUUCCUUGGGACAAAAGAUCACCACCCUGUUCUGUGGGGAAAUGUUUGACCGAUUUGGGAAAAAAAGGAGUGAGAUCCCUUGUCAUGUUUAAUUAGUUAAGUGAUUGAAAUCAUUUGUCCACAUUAAAUCAGAACAGAACGUUCGUACAGAUGCAUUGACUUAAGCGACAUUCAGAAGCUCAAAAAGAUAGUUAAAAAAAAACCAAACAAACAAAAACAGGAGAACUGUUAAACCCGCCAUCUCGAGCUGUAUGAGGCGGAGCGCAAAGCUGGUGCCGGUGUUGGUUGGACAUGCUCUUGUGGUUUUUUUUUCUUUUUUUGGUAAAAUGUUUCACAGCUCCGUAGGGGAACACGACACAGCAGCAUCCGUAGCCAAACCUUUCGUCUCAUUCUCCGAGUCACAACUCAAGCUGAACUGUGAAAGUGGUUUAACACUGUAUAUUACAAUAAAAAAACAAUGUUCGUUCUCCUGUUUUAUUUUUUUCUUUUAUUUAUGGUCUGGUUUGAGAAAUCAGACAUUAGAGGUGUUUUUAUUUCCUUCUUUCUUUUUUUAAAUUCCUGUAAACUGCCUGGUGUAACAGACAGAUUAAAAAAAAGACCUUAAAGGGAUUCUCUUGGUUUGAUUCACUUAGAAUUUUUAUUUUCUUAUAACUUAAGUGCAAUAAAAUGUGGGGUUAUUUUUUUGUUUUUCCCUUUUUCUUUUUUCAUUUCAAACUACUUUUUUUUUUUUUUUUUUGGGUUGUCUUUGUUUGUCACUGUGUUAAAGUGUCAUGUUUCCAAUAAAGCUUCUACGGUUUAUUGUA